UAUUUAAACGUAUGCACGGUCACACUGAGAAUUCAACGUGCUCAAAUCAAAAAAACUAAACAACGCGGAUUCGGAUUCUCCGAAACUAUGUUGUUUUUCUGCCCGUCGUGCGGAAAUAUAUUGAUUAUAGAGGAGGACACCAACUGCCAUCGAUUCACGUGCAACACCUGCCCAUACAUAUCGAAGAUCAGGCGCAAGAUCUCCACGAAAACCUUCCCUCGACUUAAGGAGGUAGAUCACGUGCUGGGCGGCAAGGCGGCGUGGGAGAACGUGGACUCCACGGACGCAGAGUGUCCAACGUGCGGCCAUAAGCGGGCGUACUUCAUGCAAAUCCAGACGCGGUCGGCGGAUGAGCCCAUGACCACGUUCUACAAGUGCUGCAACCACGAGUGCAACCACACCUGGCGAGACUAA